UUCCUUUGCCGACCUUGUUCCAUGGUGUCCUUCGCUAUGUUGUUCUGUUUGGGCACGGUCCUGAGCUUGUCCCAUCGCGUAUUUAGUUUAGGUUCCCUGUGUUCUGCCCCCCUCAAUGGUGGAACAGCAGCUCCCGGCGACCCUUACUGGCUUGAAACCAUCAAACACCAAGGAACCUCUGCGUUCAAUCCGAACCCAAGCUCGUACCAAGUUUUCCGCAAUGUCAAAGACUUUGGCGCCACGGGUAACGGUGUUACUGACGACACUGCCGCAAUCAACGCAGCAAUGUCUUCAGGAGGACGCUGCGGUGGAGGUACCUGUCCUUCAUCUACCGUUACCCCGGCUAUCGUCUACUUUCCGCAAGGAACAUACUUGGUUUCUUCAGCAAUCAACACGUAUUACUAUACUCAGAUGAUUGGUGAUGCGAGGAACCCACCGACUCUCCUGGCAUCCCCCAAUUUCUCCGGGUUUGCUGUCAUAGACGCUGAUCCUUAUAUUCCCAACGGCUACGGCGCUCAGUGGUUCGUCAAUCAAGAUAACUUCUAUCGUUCGGUGCGGAACUUGAUCAUCGAUUUACGGCAGAUUCCCGCUUCGACAUCUGCUAUCGGCCUGCACUGGCAAGUGUCGCAAGCUACGUCUCUAAUUAAUGUCGUUGUAGAAAUGUCGACCGCCUCAGGCAACAACCAUCAAGGCAUGUUUAUGGAAAAUGGGAGUGGUGGUUUUAUGGGAGAUAUUGUUUUUAAUGGAGGAAAAUACGGCAUUCAAGUUGGAAACCAGCAAUUUACCAUCCGGAACUUGACAGUCAAUAACGCCAACAUAGCUGUAUCCGGUAUCUGGAAUUGGGGCUUUACGUUUCAGGGAGUUACCAUCAAUAAUUGUCAGGUUGGCUUCGACUUGGCUACGGGCGGUACUAACCAAUCGACCCAAUCUGUCGGUUCUGAGGCUAUUAUCGAUGCUGUAGUAACAAAUACUCCCAUUUUCGUUCGCACAUCCACUGCAAGUAAUGGGAAAUUGGGAGGCUCACUCGUUUUGAAUAACAUAAAACUGAACAACGUUCCCAUUGCAGUAGGGGUCAAUAACGGUCCCACAGUGCUUACCGGUGGUACUGUCACGAUUACAUCUUGGGGACAAGGGAACGUUUUCACUGGAACCAGUGGCACGCCGACCUUUACGCAGGGAAACAUCGUGUCGGCUAACAAGCCAUCAUCGCUUCUGGAUAGCUCCGGUAAAAUAUUUGGCAAAUCCCACCCUCAGUAUGCAAACUACGCAGCAAGCCAGUUCAUCAGCGUCAAGAGUCAGGGUGCCGCUGGCGACGGCCAUACGGAUGACACAGCAGCGAUUCAGAAUGUUAUCAAUCAGGCAAGUGAUACUUAUGCUGGAUGCAUGAUUAUCUUUUUCGACGCGGGCACCUACUAUGUUACGAAUACCAUCGCCAUCCCAGCGGGUACACAAAUCGUUGGCGAGGCGUGGUCCGUGAUCCUUGCAGGUGGAAGUGCAUUUCAAAAUCAGAACAGUCCGAAGGUCGCCAUCCAAGCUGGCACUGCCGGCUCCACUGGCUUGAUGGAGAUCAGUGAUAUGAUCUUAUCCACUGCAGGACCCGCCCCUGGUGCCAUUUUGCUCGAAUGGAACGUCCACGACCCAUCCGGACAGCAAGGAGCUGCGGGACUCUGGGACACUCACAUUAGGCAUUCUGCGGGAACCAAUAUGCAGGCCAGUCAAUGUCCGUCUGGAUCAGUGAACACUAAUUGCCAGGCGGCCUUCCUCGGCAUACACCUCACAUCGGGGUCUAGCGCAUAUUUUGAGGGUACAUGGGUAUGGACUGCUGACCACGACCUGGAUGCUGGCAACUCAGCACAGAUCAGUGUAUUCACUGGGCGCGGCGUCCUCUCUCAAUCUGCUGGCCCUGUUUGGUUAAUCGGAACUGCCUCGGAGCACGCUGCGCUUUACCAAUACAACUUGGCUAGUGCACAGAACCACUGGAUUGGGUUUGUGCAAACUGAGACACCUUACUAUCAACCUGUUCCCGCUGCCCCAGCGCCCUACAGCAGCACGUCCGUUUACAGUGAUCCAUCGUUUUCCAGCAACAUCAACAUGGCAUGGGGCAUGUGGGUGCAAAACUCAUACAAUAUCAUCUUAUUUGGCACUGGCUUUUAUAGCUUUUUCCAAAAUUACGCGCAAAGUUGCUUGAACACGUGGAGUUGUCAAUCCCAGAUUUUCAACGUUGAUUCAAGUUCGACUAUUACAGUUUACAGUCUCUCAACCGUUGGCACGACAUAUCAACUCAGCGUGUCGCAAAACGGGAUCGUGAAUGAGAGUAGUAACCAGGACGGCUUCCAGGAAACACUCACAGUUUGGAGU